ACACAACUUGAAUGACUCAGCAGGAAGGUGGAUUUUAAAGUGUUAAAAGAAAAGAAAAAUGUCCCCGUGUCUGUAGAGAUGAUUUGCAGUUCAGCCCGGCUGAAGCUGACCGAAUGAGACUAUGGGCUGUGCCUCUGCCAAGCAUGUUGCCACUGUUCAAAAUGAAGAGGAAGCCCAGAAAGGGAAAAACUACCAGAAUGGAGAUGUUUUUGGCGAUGAGUAUAGAAUCAAACCGGUGGAAGAGGUCAAAUACAUGAAAAAUGGGGCAGAAGAGGAGCAGAAAAUAGCAGCCAGGAACCAAGAAAACUUGGAAAAAAGUGCCAGUUCAAAUGUAAGACUUAAAACUAAUAAAGAGAUUCCCGGAUUAGUCCAUCAACCCAGAGCAAACAUGCACAUCUCUGAAAGCCAACAAGAAUUCUUCAGGAUGCUGGAUGAAAAAAUUGAAAAGGGUCGAGAUUACUGUUCGGAAGAAGAGGAUAUCACAUAGCACCAAUUCUACCACUCAAACCUGGAGCUACUACUGUGUAAAUAGGUUACACCCCAGUUGAAAUCUUUGCAAAGGUCGGUUCUCUUCAACGGACAGCACUAUAGCAAAAGAAGAUCGUUCCAUAGCGUAUGCCCCAUUAAAUUACAGUGUUUCUUAAUGAACUUGCAAAGGAAUAUUGCUAAAAACAAAACAAAACUGUUAUCGAACUUUCUUUGUUGCUGCUACUUAAAACUUGUUGCAACUUUUCACUUCUCUUGUGUCCAGGUAUGCAGCAAAAUUCUGCAAUCUCACCUGAAAGAUACUGUCAGUUUUACAGAUGCUCUCCAACCUAUUUUCUAUAAGAUGAGGUAGUGGUGAACUCAGAUAUCAAACUUCUAUUCUAAACCAAUUCCACUUCUCAGACAAGCGUCUCCUUCCCUCUCUUCUUCUUCCCUGCCUCCCCCCGAGCGCUAGAACUUUCCUCCUUCCCACCAACAGUGUUGAGCUUUGGAGAUGGGAUGGCUGCUUUGGCAAGCCUUGUUUCUCUGCUAAGAAGAAGUAGAGAAGCACUCAGAGCAUGUGUGGCGUGACUCCUAGGAGAGAGCAGCAGGUCGCUUCACUUAGUAGGUAUCUUAAUCAAGGAUCAAGCUUGCAACUUUGGCUUUGCUCCGAUGCAAACGGAAGUGUGAUCACAAUCAUUUUGAAUCCCUUCCCCACUUUUUUUUCUAAGAAAAUAAACAUUUUACUGUUUUUAUG